UUGGUUCUUCUUCCUUCGUCACUAGCUCCAGUGAAAGUUCCUAUUUUGGUUAUUAUCAUCACUGUUUACAAAAGUAGCGAAACGAAUCCGAUCGAUACCCAGACUUGAUUCCUCCAGAUUCCGAUAGCUAUGGCCGGAGAAGAAGUCGCACGAUCUGGGACCUUAAUGGAGCUAGAUCUCCUCGAUUGUCCUAUUUGCUGUCACGCACUCACCAUUCCUAUCUUCCAGUGUGACAAUGGACAUAUUGCUUGCUCUUCUUGCUGUGCUAAGCUGAGGAAUAAAUGCCCGUCCUGCGCUUUACCCAUUGGUAACUAUCGAUCUAGAAUAAUGGAGAGAGUUCUGGAAGCAGUCUUUGUCCCAUGCCCAAACGCUAAACAUGGUUGCACAGAGAAGUUCUCUUAUGGCAAAGAACUAGUCCAUGAAAAGGAUUGCAAUUUUUCUCUCUGCUAUUGUCCUGCACCAAACUGUAACUACACAGGCAUGUACAAGGAUCUCUAUAGUCACUUUUACGCUAACCACGACAACUCGUGGAAUCUGUUCGGGUGUGGGAAUUCUACUGGUGCGUGGCUGCGGAUGAGUGAGAAGCUUUUGGUACUUCAGGAAUAUAGAGGUGGUCCAUUGGUUGCGGUUCAGUGUUUUAAGGAGCCACAAGGAGUGUAUGUGACUGUGAACUGUAUAGCACCUUCUGUUCCAGGAGUUGGGGAAUACUCCUAUAAACUCUCGUACAAGAUGCCGAUGGGAGGUAACACUAUGACGUUUAAAUCGCCAGAGAUGAAUAGGAUUCAGAAAGUGAGUUUCGAGACUCCGGAGAAGGACUUCAUGUUAGUUCCUUAUUAUUUCUUGGGUGAGCAGUCAGCGUUAAAGAUGGAAAUUUGCAUACACAAGCUAGAAAAAUAUGAAGAAGAAGCGGAUGAAGAAGAAGAUGAAGAUGAAGAUGAAGAAGAAGAUGAAGAUGAUGAUGAUUAUGAUGAAGAAGAGUAAUAAUCAUCAUAUUAUAUCCACUGAAAGACGUUUUGUUCAAAGUCCAUUUCGAUGUCUGUCAUUGUUUUAGACGAUGCUGAUUUUUUACUUCAACCAUAUCUUAUACUUAUGUUUAUGUUUGGUCUUUGAGCAAUGUCUAUGUUUUAGAAUCAAUGGGAACACAUGACCACCCAUGUUAAUAUUGGGAUGGGCUACUCGAAUCAUAUUCUUACUCUACCAAUACCAUAGUCCGUUGAUGAAUGUUUUGGUUA